CGCGGGGCCGCGACGCACCGGGCCGGAGCGCGCCGCGCCGGGUGAUCUUGAGUUCUUCUUAACUUGCUAGUGCUCAGCCUCCUCAUGCCUCCAUCUCCUUUAGACGACAGGGUAGUAGUGGCACUUUCGAGGCCAGUGAGACCUCAGGAUCUCAACCUGUGUUUAGACUCUAGCUAUCUUGAAUCUGCCUCUUCUGCUGGUGAGAGCCACUCCAGUCUGCUCGGCGCAGCUGUCGUGUCCCUAAAGACUGCUAAUCUCACGUAUAUGCCCUCAUCUAACGGCUCUGCACGCUCCCUGAGUUGUGGAUGCAGCAGUGCCAGUUGCUGCACUGUGGCAACGUACGACAAGGACGCUCAGGCCCAAACUCAAGCGAGCACCAGCAGCACCAACGCCGGAGCCUCCACUGCCUGCCCCACCAACCAAAUGGUCAACAGCAAUGAGAACACUGGCAGCUUGAGCCCGUUGGGCGGAGUGGGGAGCCCGGUCUCGGGCACCACCAAGCAACUCGCUAGCAUCAAAAUAAUUUACCCCAACGAUUUGGCAAAGAAGAUGACCAAAUGCAGCAAAAGCCACCAACAGAACCAAGGCCCUGUCAUCAUUGACUGCAGGCCGUUCAUGGAGUAUAAUAAGAGCCACAUUCAAGGGGCUGUCCACAUUAACUGUUCAGACAAGAUCAGCCGGAGGAGGCUGCAGCAGGGCAAGAUCACAGUCUUGGACUUGAUCUCCUGCCGGGAAGGCAAGGACUCCUUCAAGAGGAUCUUUUCCAAAGAAAUCAUAGUUUAUGAUGAGAAUACCAAUGAGCCAAGCAGAGUUAUGCCUUCCCAGCCACUCCACAUAGUGCUGGAGUCACUCAAGCGAGAAGGGAAGGAACCCCUAGUCCUAAAAGGAGGACUCAGCGGUUUCAAGCAGAACCACGAAAACCUUUGCGAUAACUCCCUCCAGCUGCAAGAGUGCCCGGAGGGGGGAGGAGGGGGCGGCGCCUCCGCUGUGCCCCCCACACUACCUCAGUCCAUUCCCACCACGCCGGACAUCGAGAACGCUGAGCUCACCCCCAUCCUGCCCUUCCUCUUCCUCGGAAACGAGCACGAUGCUCAGGACUUGGAGAAAAUGCAGAGGAUGAACAUAGGCUACGUAAUCAACGUGACCACCCACCUGCCCCUGUACCAUUACGAGAAAGGCAUGUUCAACUACAAGCGGCUCCCGGCCACUGACAGCAACAAGCAGAAUCUCAGGCAGUAUUUUGAAGAGGCUUUUGAGUUCAUUGAGGAAGCUCAUCAGUGUGGAAAAGGUCUCCUCAUCCACUGCCAGGCUGGUGUCUCCCGAUCUGCCACCAUAGUUAUCGCGUACUUAAUGAAGCACACGCGCAUGACCAUGACGGAUGCCUAUAAAUUCGUAAAAGGCAAACGACCAAUCAUUUCCCCUAACCUUAACUUUAUGGGGCAGUUACUGGAGUUCGAAGAAGAUCUAAACAACGGUGUUACACCGCGAAUCCUCACACCAAAGUUGAUCGGCGUAGAGACUGUCGUGUGACGACGAAGCUGCAAGGAGGUGGUCAAUGAAGGGGUUAACCUAUUCUUCACCUGAUUUGGGGCAGUGAUGGGUGGGUUGUGGGUUUUUCUUUUUAGCUUUCAAGGGGGGUUUUGUGGCAAACUUUUUGUGAAUAAAAACCUUUUUUUGUAAGGAAAGGUUUUUAAAAGAGAUCCAAGAACUUCGCUGUGUUUGGGAUGCUGUUGUGAUUUCCUUCCCAGAUGCCGGCAGAGCAGGGAGGCUUCGGAGCAAAAGGAGUACUUUUUAAAAUCAAAACAAGAAGAAGAAAUAUUGGGCUUUUUUUUUUUUUUCU